CCAUAGAAUUAUUUAGAUAAUUGUCAUUUCCUAUUGCUCCAGAAUAUCAUAAAUUUAUUAGCAAAGAUGAUUUUGUAGAUAAAUUAACUGUAUUGAUUAUGAAAAAUCUGACAGUAUAAAAAUGGAUGUUUAAAAUAGACAUUGAAUUUAAUGGCAGAGGAACAGCAUGGUUUACUUUAGAAGGAGUUAAAUAAUUUAUAGAAAUCAAAAAGUUUCCACAUAGUAUUGAAUUUAAAGUAUUAAGAGAAUUAGUUUAAACAGUAUAAUUAUUAUUAUAUAAUAUUAGUUAUUACCAAUAAAAACAGUUUUAGCAUUUCCAUAAAUGUUUACAUUUGAUGAAUAUUUAGAUAAUUUUAUUAAAAAUGGUGGAAUAGUUGAAGCAUAUCCAAAUGCUUAAAAAGUGUAAACAAUAAAUAUCUAAGUGAAUUUGGAGAAUUAAGGAUCAUAUUAAAUAUUGAAUACAUCAACAAGCAUAGUAAUAAAAGAGUAUUAAUAAAAGAUUAUUAAUUUAGAAUGUCAAAAAUUGGUUGUAUAUAUCCUUAGAAUGUAUUAAAUUUGAAUGUUGAUUCUCUUAUAUAACCAUUAGUAGAAGAAUUAUAUAAAUAAAAUGUGUUUGGUUAUUUCACAUUAUCUUUAUUAUCCUUUAAUGGAGCUUUUUAUACUAAAUCAUUAAAAUUUGGAAUGGAUGAAUAUAUAGGAGCAACAGUAUUAUCAACAGCAAUGGAUACUGAUUAAUUCACUUAUAUACCAUUUGUUUAUCAUCCAGGAAUAGCAGAAUAAAAAUUUAAUGAUUUAUUUAUUAAAUGUAGAAAAGAAGGAAUUUCUUUUGAUAUUGAAAAAAAAGUUGGAACUUUAAUUUGGUUAUCAGAUUAAAUAGAAAAAGGAGUUCUAUCUUUACUAUGUUUAGGUGCUCCAAAAAAAGCAGUAAAAUUAACUACUGAUGCAUUGAAUUUUUUGUAAUAAUUUGGUGGUAAUAUUAUGAAAACUAAUAAUCAUUAAAAACAGGAUACAUUUUACUUUAUAGAUAUAGUUAGUAGAUUAAGAUAAUUAAAUAGUGAAGGUUAAUAAUGA